AUGGCUGCUCGUAGGGCAUCAGUGUCACGACCACCCCCCGAGUUCGACGACUAUCAACCAGCCCAAAGAAGGAACGGAACCAUGCAUCCAAGUGGUUACUCUGAUCGACCACUUAUCCAAGACGAAUACACCAUGUCAGCGGACUCGCAAACACGACCUCCCCAGGCAUCGUCACAGGAAGGGGACGGGUUCCGCUCAUUUGCGGACCGUGCCAAAGAACGCGGCCAAGAGGAGUUACCAUACGACAAUGUUUCGCCCAAUGGAGCUCAAGACACUCCUAUGAAUACUCCCAUGAGCCCUAGUAGCGCAUACCAGAAAGCAGACUCACAGUCACCAUCGACACAACAACAUCAACCGUCGCCAAAUAUCAAUUCACCAACCCAGUCACAACCUAGUGCCAAUGCAUCACCUACCGCGCGCCAAAGCUCCCAGUCCGCCUCGAAAAACAAGAAGCCUGCUCGAGAAUGGGCACCAGCGCGAUCACCGUUGAAGAAGCUAGAACUUACGCUGAACGAUAUAAGUAAGGAGGAGAAACGUGCGAGGGUAGAGGAGGCCGAGAUGCUUCUGAGGGAAGCUCGUGCAGGUCGCCAUGGCCGCACGCUGAGCCGUGAUGCAGGUGGUAAACCGCACCUUGCCCCAGACAAUGCUAUGAACAAGGAGAAUGCGCCUAGGCCGACGACCAUCGAGGAAGCCGGGCUACUGCGAAGUCUAAGCACUAAGCAGAAAGACAAGCUUCGCGAGAGCGCUCAGAUCGAGUCAAAGAAGCCAGAUGAAGAUCAGUUUUCUGAUGAUAAAAGAGAAGGGUUCCAAUAUGAGCAGGCUGUUCCAAUGGGCUACGAUGCCACUCCCGGGUUUAACGAACGCGCGCCAUUCCCGGAUCCGAAUUUCUAUGAUCAACAGUCUAGAGGUGCUCUACCUCAAGGACAGCAAGUACAGAAACCUAGGGAAUUAUUCGAACCGAUUCCCCAGACAAGAGAAAUGGAGCCAGAAACGCAUGAGCAAAUCGAGGAGCCGAAAAAUGGCCAAACUAAGCAAAAGCAUGCCUCUGUCUCAUUCGCGGUUCCUCCGCCAACCCCUCCACCAGUCUCUGAAUGGAGACAUGCCGUUGUCGGUCGUUUAUGUUUGACCGAUUUCGACCUUCGAGUACCGGAGAUGGAAAGGGAGUGGAGAGGACGAGGUGGAAGGGGAGCUAGAAAUGCCCAUAGAGGCGUCGAGAGCGGGCUGCCUAGGGUCUCUCUCAAGAAAAACACACCUUUCAAUCCUCCUCUAUACCUAAAGUGUGGGCCUCUACUUCGAUUUACAGGAACAACAAAGGAGAUAGUAGGUCUACCAAGCAGGCCCACCGAGCGAGAGAUCUGGAGAGGGUCCAUUAUGAUAGUCACCCAGGACUCUGCUUCAUUUUAUGACACACCACCUACGCUUAGAAUAUUUUCCCAGCCGAGGGAUCUGCUUCCACCCCCGCCAUCAGAUGUCCCUGGCGAUCACGCUGCACCUCUCGCGCCAGAAUAUGUUGACCCCAUAGCAGGCUUGGGUAAAGUGGGAAGAAACGGCAACCUGCUCUACGUCAAACCGGUAGAUCAUAUCGAGGAAGGAUUAGACCUUUGCUAUGAUGAAACUGAAGAGGGAUUAUUCGAACGCUCUCCUAGCCAAAUCGACUACGGCGCUAGCCACCGCGUUUCUCUACCGCCAGCCAUAAGGAUUCAAGGAAUAGACGGAGAAAUGGUCGGAAAAUACAAAGUGGUUAAAGCAAGUCGACUAUAUGUUGAUCCUGCUCGAGAUGUGACGUUCUGGCGGUUCAGCUUGGAAAUCGAACUAGGAGACAAGCAGGAACAUGUUGCAUACCGCAUCAACAAUGGCUCGGUGGUCGGCUUCUGGGUGCCGGCAAAGGGCCAGGCGAUGAACAUUUUAUAUCACACUGGGAACGGAUUCAGUAUGUCUGUCGACACGGACAAAUACAGUGGUCCCGAUCCAAUGUGGCGUGACGCUUUAAAUUCUCACCAAACACGUCCCUUCCACGUCAUGAUCGGUGGAGGUACGCAAAUCAACAAUAACCCCAUCACCGUGGAAGCCGACCAUUUCCGGAAAUGGCUUGAGAUGAAAGGGAAAAACGAGAAAUACGAGUACCCCCUGAACCUGGAUAUCAAGGGAGAAUUGGAGGAAUUUUACCUAGAAAACUAUGCCGCUUGGUUCUCUCAGGGGCUCUUUGGAAUGGCGAACGCUCAGAUCCCGAUGGUUAAUAUGUGGGACGAUAAUGAUAUUAUUGGCGGGUACGGGUCGUUCACGGAUGAAUUGAUGAAAUCUCCGGUAUUUGCCGGGUUAGGAAAUGUUGCGUUCAAGUAUUACUUGCUCUUCCAGCAUCAAACUGCUGUGGAGGAGACAGAUAUGGAUGAGCCAAGUUGGCUUCUUGGUUCGGCUGAGGGGCCAUAUAUUCGACAAAAGAGCAGGAAUUUGCUCAUGAAUCUGGGUGAGAGAGUAGCCCUACUGGCAAUUGAUUGCCGCACUGAACGUUCGAGGAUGGAUAUUAUGAUUGAUGAAAGUUAUGACCUGAUCUGGGAUCGAUGCCAUCAACAGAUUGUCAAGGGAGAAGUGAAGCAUCUAUUAGUGUUGGUGGGAGUGCCGGUUGCAUUCCCAAGACUAACAUUAAUCGAGGGAGUUCUCAAGGGCCCUGCAAAAGCUCUUGGACGAAAUGGCGUGUUCCGUAACCCGAGCACUAAAAUCGAGAAUACCUCUGAGAAGAUGGAUGAUCAAUGGACCGCAAAGCAACAUAAGCUAGAACGAAAGUGGCUAGUUGAAGAUCUCCAGGAACUUGCGGCUGAGAAGUCGAUGAGAGUUACCAUCUUGGGAGGUGGAGCAAACUUGGCGGCAAUCGGCCAAUUUUACUCGGAUCCCAACUUACAGAUACCUAAAGACAAGGACUACAGAUAUAUGCCAAACGUCAUAUCGUCUCCAAUAGUGGAUGCGCCCCUAUCGGAAAUCAUGACCGAUACCCUUAACCGACGCAACAAGGUGCAUACACUGGAUCUAAAGACGCUUGAGGAUAUGCGAGCGGUGUUUCUGCACGACGUGGAAGGACGACCACGAAAUAAUAAGCGUCUCUUGCCUAGAAGAAACUGGUGUUCUAUCAGAGAAUACGCCCCAGGAUCUACUCCUCCACCUACACCCCCAGAUGAAACCGUUUCCCCGGGCUCUCCGGCAUCCUCUACCGAUUUGCGUCCGGGAAGGCUAGGGAGAACGCUGUCGAUGUCCCGGGGCGACAAGCCGGCCAAUGGGCUCAUGCGGCGGUUAUCGCUUCGUAGUAGCCAGCGCCCACAGAUCAGCCACCCUAUUCCUCAAGACCAGUUUACACAACGCAUGAGCUAUGAUGACGGACGGUCACGACGAGAUGGGAGUCACUUCCCACAGCAGACACACAGCGAUGCAAACAUUCCAGGACAUCCUGGGUCCGGUGACGGCGACGGCGAUAGCUCCUCGCUGCCUAACAAAUUUGUCCGACGCCGCACCGACCUGAGUAUGCGAGAGAUCAAGCAGGCAGCAAAGGGCGGGCCAGACCUGCAUCACUUUAUUAAUCUCGAGGGCGGGCUGCACAUUACAUUUAAUUGUGAAGUCAAGCCCCGAGACCCGGCCGGGAUCACAGUACCUUACCACGUUCUAGUACCUGCGCUAUCUUUCGAUGGAGAAUUCGAACCAAGCAUCGAAGCCGAGAAAAAGCAAUGGUGGAAACUCAGGCACCGUAAGAACAACAGCGCGGUACAGGUCGACGGGCCAGAGCCAAACAAUGACAAAGGCGAGGAGAGACAGGCCGAGAACGAGGCCUAUCGCGACUACGAGCCCAACCCUGGGGAAGGCGGGCACGGGUACUAUGACGACGAUGCCAGCGGCUCUCCCCGCCUCGUCCAAGGUGGCCGAACGGGCGAAGUGGCCUCACCGAGGAUGCUGCCGCAGCCGCCACAGCCUCAGGGAGGACACCAUUAUUUCAAUGCGGCCAUGCAACCGGCUAAUGACGGUGACGGUGAGCAUGGAUACAGCGGCGUGGAGGCGUACCGUCCGAGGAAGAAGAAAUGGCUGGGGAUUCUUUGA